AUGAUCUGCAGAAGUUGCCGCACCACAAUGUUGUCCCGGUUCAGCCAGCCCAUCACCCGGGCAGCCUCAGCAACCACACGCCAGCUUCCCUUGAUUCGCAAUCAGAUCCGGGCAUACAGCAGUGACAACAAUGCCUCUGUAGCAGCCACUCCUUCUCCUCCUGCUCCCCGCCAGCCCACGGUCGGCGAUCUUUCAACUCCAUCCGCCAUCUCCUCCGCUACCCCCGGUGUUUCCCAGCCUUUGAGCACCCCCGAAGGUGUUCACGUUGAUGUCAACCCCGCAGAAUCCACAAAGCCCACCGCUGUGCGUGAACCCAGCAGCUGCGUGGCUGGAACCAAAUUGAACGGACUCAAUUACUUCAAGAACAAGCCCGAGGUCUUUGCCAAGGAGGACUCCGAGUACCCGGAUUGGCUCUGGAAUCUCUUGGGCAGUUCAUCUGAUAACAAGACCAAGAAGGGUGGUGUUGACCCAAGCACUUUGAACAAGAAGCAAAGGAAGCGCUAUGAGAAGAAGCUGGCCGCCCGCACUGGCCCCUUGACUGCUCAAGUCUCUGCCCACCACCACGCCCACGAUAUCACACCCGCAUCCUACAACCGCGAUGGAUCUUCUGUGGACGCCAUGGCCGAUGCCACUGGUGGCUUCGAGCAGCGCUCGGAGAUCAUCAAGACUGCACGAGAUGCCCGACGAAAGUCCAUUAAGGAGUCUAACUUCCUUCGUGGUCUGUAA